GGCAAUUUCAGUGUGAGACGGAGCGGCGAGACCGAGCGGCGGCUUCGAGCGCUGUGCGGCGGCUCCUCCCGCCCGGGGUCAGCGCCCCGGCGCGCGCACGCGCACCCCCGCCGCCCGAACGCGCUCCGCGCCACCCGCUCAGUCUGUCCGUCGACCGUCCGUCGUCCUGUCGCCGCGACUCCGCCGCCGCGGGCGCCACCUGAGGGAGCUGCCGCCGCGGGACCCAAGCGGACUGGAUACGACCCUGCCACCCGAGGCCGCCCGGGGCCCAGCAGCCGCCCGCAGAGGCGCCGAGCAACUUCGGUUGGCCAGCUCAUUGACGGAAGUUGCCUUUUGACAUAGCUCCCACCAUGGCCGGCUGGUAGGACCACCGUCCCAUGCCCAGAAGCCAGUUCAGAAUGACUGAAGAAGCAUGCCGAACACGGAGUCAGAAACGAGCGCUUGACCGGGACCCAGCAGAGGACGAUGUGGAGAGCAAGAAAAUAAAAAUGGAGAGAGGAGUGUUGGCUUCAGAGUUAAACGCUGACGGAGACAUGAGAGUGACGCCUGAGCCAGGAGCAGGCCCAGCCCAAGGGUUGCUGAGAGGCGCAGAGGCGAUGGCCAUGGGCAGAGGCGAAGGGCAGGUGGGCGAUGGGCCCGUGGACAUGCGAACCACACACAGUGACAUGAAGUCCGAGAGGAGAGCCCCUUCGCCCGACGUGAUCGUACUCUCUGACAACGAGCAGCCUGUGAGCCCGAGGGUGAAUGGGCUGACCGAGGAUGCCUUGAAGGAGACCAGCACUGAGGCCCUUAUGAAAAGCAGUCCUGAAGAACGAGAAAGGAUGAUUAAGCAACUAAAAGAAGAGUUAAGAUUAGAAGAAGCAAAACUCGUUUUAUUGAAAAAGUUGCGGCAGAGUCAAAUACAAAAGGAAACUACCACCCAGAAGCCCGCAGGCUCCACUGGGAGCUCUGUGACCACCCCUCCCCCGCUUGUACGGGGCACCCAGAACAUUCCUUCCGGCAAGCCAUCACUUCAGACCUCUUCAACUCGGAUGCCUGGCAGUGUCAUCCCACCACCCCUGGUCCGUGGCGGGCAGCAGACGUCCUCGAAGUUAGGGCCACAGGCGAGCUCGCAGGUCGUCAUGCCCCCACUCGUCAGGGGGGCCCAGCAGAUCCACAACAUCAGACAACAUUCCAGCACGGGGCCACCACCGCUCCUCCUGGCUCCCCGGGCAUCUGUGCCCAGUGUGCAAAUUCAGGGACAGAGGAUCAUCCAGCAGGGCCUCAUCCGCGUCGCCAACGUCCCCAACACUAGUCUGCUCGUCAACAUCCCACAGCCCUCCCCAGCAUCGCUGAAAGGAACGACAGCCACUUCUGCUCAGGCCAACUCCACCCCCACCAGUGUGACCUCCGUGGUCACCUCUGCUGAUUCUCCAGCCAGUCGACAGGCAGCUGCCAAGCUUGCACUGCGCAAACAGCUGGAGAAGACGCUGCUUGAAAUCCCCCCACCCAAGCCCCCCGCCCCUGAGAUGAACUUCUUACCCAGCGCUGCCAACAACGAAUUCAUCUACCUGGUCGGCCUGGAGGAGGUGGUGCAGAACCUGCUGGAGACGCAAGCGGGCAGGAUGUCAGCCGCCGUUGUGCUGUCCCGGGAGCCCUACAUGUGUGCACAGUGCAAGACGGACUUCACGUGCCGCUGGCGGGAGGAGAAGGGCGGCGCCAUCAUGUGCGAGAACUGCAUGGCGUCCAACCAGAAGAAGGCACUCAAGGUGGAGCAUACGAGCCGCCUGAAGGCUGCCUUUGUGAAGGCGCUACAGCAGGAGCAGGAGAUCGAGCAGCGCCUCCUACAGCAGGGCGCCGCCCCCGCGCAGGCCAAGGCCGAGCCUGCUGCCGCCCCACACCCUGCACUGAAGCAGGUCAUAAAACCCCGGCGUAAGUUGGCGUUCCGCUCGGGAGAGGCCCGCGACUGGAGUAACGGGGCUGUGCUACAGGUCAGAACUGCGGUGCCGGGAGCCCCCUGCACCGAACCACCAACCAGCCCUCACAUCCCAGACCGUGACCACGUCAGUCGCCGACUGUCACACUGCCUGUGUCUGUCUGCCUCCAGCCAGCUGUCCCGGGGCUCGGCCACAACGCCCCGAGGCAUCCUGCACACGUUCAGCCAGUCACCCAAACUGCAGAAUGCAGCCUCGGCCACAGCCCUCGUUAGCAGGACCGGCAGACAUUCCGAGAGAGCCGUGAGCGCUGGCAAGGGCAAUGCCACCUCCAACUGGAAGAAGGCGCCCCUGAGUACAGGCGGGGCCCUUGCAUUUGUCAGCCCGAGCUUGGCGGUGCACAAGACCUCCUCAGCUGUGGACCGCCAGCGGGAGUACCUCCUGGACAUGAUCCCACCACGCUCCAUCCCCCAGUCGGCCACGUGGAAAUAGUGUGAGCCGGGCCCAGUGGAGAACAGGCUCCCUCCUCCCUCCCACCUGGCCCCACCACCUUCCACCCGGGAAGACACCCUGCUCCCCGAGAGGGCGAGUAAGCGCCGGCCGCGCUGCGGAAGUGAGAGUUCCGAUCUUGGCUGCAAAGUCUCAUCGACGUGGGGGGACCACUUCACAGGUGGACCAGGAUUAUUACUGGGGACCUUUCCCAUGGGCUUUCUUCCUUUCUUUGCCUUUAGUUUGCCCAACACCAGCAGAAAAGUGGACCUUGGGGGCUGGUUCUGCUCCUCGCCCUCUCCUUCGGCCCCCCGAAGGGCACAUGGACGGCUCACCCUAGACACUGUGACAUGCUCGGGCAGUGGCGCCCGGGGCUUCUGAAGUUGAGCGGAGCAUUCUGUUUUGUUUUUGCUUUUCCCUCUGUCUUAGCCUCCUAAUCUUUGACUGCCUUCCUUCAUGGCAAUCUCUAGGUUGACAGAUUUUUUUUAAUCACCUCACGAUGAUGGAGUUUAAUGUAAACCGUGCAGACCCAGGGUUCCCUGCCAAGCACGGCCCCCAUGCCCUGGAGGGUGGGCCUCUGACCACCCAGCCCUUGCUCCAGCAGAAGGCCUCUGCUGCUGCUCGUCCCGGAGACCCCCGACCUUCCACACUUAAGCAGAAGAACAAACUGCAACCCAGACCCAGCCAGAGAGCCCGGGAUCCUGGAAGCUGAGAACCGUCAACAGAGUAGGGAGGAGAGAAUCAGCAGCAACAUCCAGAGCCUGAGCGGGAAGUUGGGAGGGGCUGGCUGUUGUGGUUUUUGUUGUGGUGGUUUAUUUUAUUAAAUUCUUUCCUUUUCUUUUCCUACUUA